CAGAUGAGGUAUUACAACAUCAUGCAGUCAGUCACUAUGUCAGCUCUGAGACCGGUAUAGUUUCAUGAGUUUCUUGUGUUCUUUUGACUGGAACUAUAAUUAUGAUGCGGUCCAUUUGGAUCGUGGCGGUUUUACUGUCAGUAGCAGCUGCUUAUUAUAUUUAUCUGCCUCUGCCCAGCACUAUAUCAGAGCCAUGGAAACUCAUGUUUAUGGAUUCCAUAUUGCGUGGUGUAAUGCAUGUGAGCUUUUUAGCUCACGAUCUUGGACUGAGUCGACCUUUUGAUAUUGCAAAAUAUGCUGCAUCAUGGGAUGAAAUAAAGGGUCCACAGUCCAGCCCAGCAAUCCGGGUCACAGAAACGUCAUUUGGAGGAGUGCAGGCACAAGUGUUUGAGUCCACAGCAGCAGACCAAGAGCCACUUUUGAAAAGAGGUGUGGUCUAUUUCCAUGGAGGUGGAUGGACACUCGGCAGUGGAAAGAUGCAAACGUAUUACCUUCAGUGCUGGUCUAUGGCUGAAGAGUUGGAUGCAGUUGUAAUAUCAAUUGAGUACAGGCUGGCCCCGGAGGCACGUUUCCCAGAUCAGUAUAACGAAGCCGUUCAGGCCUCCAAACACAUCCUGACAGCCGAGGUGUUGAGUCGGUACUCCAUAGACCCGAAACGAGUGGCUGUGUCAGGUGACAGCGCAGGAGCCAAUCUGGCCGCUGCUGUGGUGCAACAGAUGGCUUUUGACAAUAGUGCUCCUAUUAAGUUCAAAGUUCAGGCCCUUCUCUACCCCGCGCUUCAGGCCUUGGACUUCAACACCCCCUCGUACCAGCAGAACGGCCACAUUCCCAUCCUGCACCGUCCGCUCAUGGCUCGCUUCUGGCUGGAGUACCUAAACGGGGAUCCAAGACUUGUUCCUGCUUUGCUGGCAAACAACCACUCAACUCCAACUCCAAGCCCGGAGAUAGCAGCGGCCAAAGCCAAGACUGACUGGACCAAGCUUCUUCCGGUGGCCUUCCAGAAGAGCUAUAAACCUGUGUUUCCGCUUCACGGCGACCCAAAGCUGCUGGAGAAGCUGCCAGGUCUGCUGGAUGUGAGAGCGGCGCCUCUACUAGCUGAAACAAAAGUGCUGAAGGCCGUGCCGCCCGCUUACAUCAUGACCUGUGAGCAUGACGUGCUGAGAGACGACGGACUCAUGUACGCCACGCGACUGGAGGAGGCCGGAGUGGACGUCACUGUUGAUCACUUUGAAGAUGGUUUUCAUGGAUGCCUCAGUUUCGCUUUUGGACCCUUUCGGUUUUCUGUAGGGUUUCGAAGUUUUAGGAGCUACACCCGCUGGUUGAAGGAGAACCUCUAGCAGAGCCAAAUAUAUUUUGAUUUCAAACAUUCACUAAUGGUUUUUAUACCUAAAAUACUGUGCAACAUGUCAAUGCAAUAGAUUAUGAAUGGGGAGAAAAGCACACUGAUCAGGCCCAAAGCUACUGAAACUAUGUUUCAGUAACAAUACACAAUUGUUUUAGUAGCAGUGGAUUUAAAGUGCAUGUAAUGCCACAUAGUGCAGGAUAAUCCAGAUUAUACAAAGGGGUUUUCUGAAUGUGAACCCAUAUCUAUUCAUUCUUAAGCAUCAUGGAAAUUAUUUUAUGUUGUUAAUAUUUUAUGUGAUUAAGAUUAUAAAAAUCUGCAGAGUGUGACCGAAACAAAUUGACAAUUUCUAUUAAAAAAUAUUAAAUAUUUUAAAAAAAUGAAAAAUGACCAGUUAGAAUGUAAUUUUUCUCUUAAUCUGCAGAGAGUGACCAAAAAUAGACAAUGUCUAUUGAAAAAAAAAAUAUAGAAUUAAGAAUGACCAGUUAGACAGUAAUUGUUCUAUAAAUAUACAAAUACAUAUAUAUAUAAAUAACAAGUGUCAAAGCAAGCCCAUACAAAAAAAAAUGAAACAAGUAAAAAACAAGUAAAACAAGACACUAGUUUUCCCGACGCAGUAGUUCUCAUAUUUCUCCGUUAAUGAGCAGAUGGGAAGACAAGACAGAUCAUGUCUUUCACACUCAAGACUUGCAGCAGUAUACAUUUUUAUUUAUGCGAGCACACACAAGCAUGCAAUUGUGCUCUCUGCCCUAGUUUUGUGCAGCUGCAUCUAGGCAUGACGUCUGCACAGAUGCGCAUCACCAGGCCUCAAGAAGUAGACUCAUUUCUUACUGAGUGAUACAUUCUGAAUGCAUGCAUUUAUUUCCUUGGGAAAUAAACCAUUACUGUACCUCUGAUUUUCAGAGCAGAAUCUGUGAAACAGCAUAUGGGCAAGUAAAUGUAAUAUAAAUGAAUUUUAAUGAUCAUACAAUUUAUUCAACAUACAAGUGUGUAUUUGAAACAGGUUUACCAUAAAAACUAAUGUGCUUUGUGCACAAAAUGAGUUAAGUUCCACAUCCUCAGGCCAUACUGUAUCUUUGUUUGGGACUGUUUAUGCUGUCAGUACAUUUCAUAUUUACACACUUCCAUCAAAUUCCACUGUAUCAUCAACAUGGAUGUAAAAUGCGUUAAAUGUAAUAUUUGUUGUUAUAUUAUAUAUGUAUGAUAUUGCAAAAUCAUCCAUCAUGAAAAUGAAGAGACGAAUCAGUAGUCUUGUCUACUUGUUAAUUUUUUAGAAGUGUAAAAUAGCGUGACUGAAAUU